UAAAAAUACCUAUCUUGGUUUUUCAUUUAAGAGUAGAUGUUUGUUUUUUACUUGUGGCGACGCGCGAGUGUUUAAAAACAGAUAAUUGGUUGACGAGAGAAGCUAACCGGCUAGCUCAGCUGAUCAGAACCCGAGACCGCUGUUCGCGAUCCCGGAUCUCCCCUGGCAAUUCCCCCCGCUGGUUCUCAGCCCCGAUCACCACGGAGAAGAUUCGAGAUUCAUGCGGGCCCCGGGGCUGGUUCGGACUCUUUAAUGGGAGGCUGUUGGCUCCGGACGGUGCUCUGCGGGCGACAGCUGCAAGAGAGGCCGGGGUCCAGGCACCGAGCCGGGCUCCGGUCGGAGCUUUGCGGGCCUCAGUCGCCAAGCGACCAAGGGGCAAAGCUCCGAGCCGGGUUCAGAUGGAGUCACUGGCCGGCUACGUCUUCAAGGCAGCCAGCGAAGGUCGAGUCCUGACGCUGGCCGCUCUUCUGCUCAACCACUCCGACGAGGAGACGCGUUUCUUGCUGAGUUAUGUGACCCACCAAGCUGGACAGAGGUCCACCCCGCUGAUCAUCGCUGCUCGCAACGGACACGACAAAGUGGUCCGGCUGCUACUGGAUCAUUACAGGGUGGACACGGAGCAGACUGGCACUGUGCGCUUCGACGGAUAUGUCAUCGAUGGUGCUACUGCGUUGUGGUGUGCAUCCGGCGCAGGACACUUUGAAGUUGUACGUUUGCUUUUGAGCCACGGUGCCAAUGUCAACCACACCACUGUCACAAACUCCACACCCUUACGAGCCGCCUGCUUCGAUGGACGCCUCGACAUCGUCAGGUUCCUGGUCGAACAUGACGCUGACAUCAGCAUAACCAACAAGUUCAACAACACCUGCCUCAUGAUCGCUGCCUACAAAGGUCAUGCGGACGUGGUGGCCUACCUGCUUGAGCGUGGUGCUGACCCCAACGCCAAGGCUCACUGUGGCGCCACCGCUCUUCACUUUGCAGCAGAAGCUGGGCACCUGGAAAUCGUGAAAGAGCUGGUGAGGUGUCAUGCUGUCAUGGCGGUGAAUGGACAUGGGAUGACACCGCUGAAGGUAGCGGCAGAGAGCUGCAAGGCAGCCGUGGUUGAGUUGCUUCUAGAACACGCAGACAUUCAACCACACAGCCGCAUUGAGGCUUUGGAACUGCUUGGUGCCUCAUUUGCCAACGACAGGGAGAACUAUGACAUUGACAAGACCUAUUACUAUCUGCACAUGGCAAUGACCGAGCGCUACCGGGACCCUGAAAACAUCAUUGCCAAAGAGUUGCUGCCACCCAUCGAGGCCUACGGCGGCCGUGUUGAAUGUCGCUCUCUGCAUGAGCUGGAGGCCACCCGAGUGGACCGGGACGCCCUACACAUGGAAGGGUUGAUGAUUCGAGAGCGCAUCCUCGGCUCUGACAACAUCGACGUGUCUCACCCCAUCAUCUACCGCGGUGCCGUGUACGCAGACAACAUGGAGUUUGACCAGUGCAUUAAAUUGUGGCUGCACGCGCUGCGUCUGCGCCAGAAAGGAAGCCGCAACACGCACAAGGACCUGCUCCGCUUUGCGCAGGUUUUCUCUCAGAUGGUUCACCUGAAGGAGCGUGUCUCGGCGUCUGCAGUGGAACAGGUCCUGAGCUGCAGUGUUUUGGAGAUCCAGCGAAGCAAGGCUCGUGUGGACUCUGCCUCAGACUCAGAGCUGCCACAGAUCAUGGAUAAUUUUGAGUCCAAUAUAUUUACCUUCUUGUAUCUGAUUUGCAUCUCAACAAAGACCGCCUGCAGCGAAGAGGAGCGGGCACGCAUCAACAAGCACAUCUACGAUCUGAUCCAGCUUGACCCUCGCUCCCGUGAAGGGUCCUCCCUCCUGCACCUGGCCAUCAACUCCAGCACACCUGUCGACGACUUCCACACCAACGACGUCUGCAGUUUCCCCAACGCGCAAGCCACCAAGCUUCUCCUGGACUGUGGUGCUCAGGUCAACGCAGUGGACAACGAAGGAAACACGCCGCUGCACGUGAUCGUCCAGUACAACCGGCCCAUAAGUGACUUCCUGACGCUGCACGCCAUCAUCAUCAGCCUGGUGGAGGCGGGUGCUCACACAGACCGGACUAACAAGCAGAAGAAGACGCCGCUUGACAAGAGCACCACUGGUGUGUCCGAGAUCUUACUGAAGACGCAGAUGAAGAUGAGUCUCAAGUGUCUGGCUGCUCGCGCCGUCCGCCUGCACCAGAUUACCUACCGUAACCAAAUCCCCAAAACUCUGGAAGAGUUUGUGGAGUUCCACUAAAAUUGGUUUACUUUUAAUUCUUUUUUUUUUUUCUUUUUUAAAUUUUUUUUACAUUGGAAAUGUCAACCACCGCUGGUUGUUGGUGCCAUGCUGCACAGACGAUAAACACGCUGCUCCUUCUUUUGCCUUAACACCAUGAUGAUGAGACUCCAGUCUCUGUAUGAUUGUCUAAUGUUGAUGAUCAGUGUGAAAUAAUGUCUCCAGAAAAAAAAACAGCCAGUUAGUAACUUUAUCUAAUGUAUAUUUUUUAAAGAGUUCUCUGAGGUUUUAUUGGAAGACUGGUUUGUAAUUUUUUUAAUGACUUUUAUUUGGAAAACAAGCUGCGAUUGAAUGUUUUUGUCUAAUACACCUCUGACUUGCUUCUGAAGUCUGUCCUCAUUUUUCAUUCACUUCUUAGGAUGUUCAAAAUGUGAAGGCGUUCAUGAGAUGAUGGUACUCAACUUUCAAUUCGAUGCCCUUUAAAUGUACGGAUAAGUUGAUUUGUAUGCUUAAAUGUAUCGUUCAAAAGAUUUGUGAAUUAACAUCUUUUAAUAUUGUGGAAAGUUUUAGGACAACUAAAUAUGGAAUUUCAUUUAAAUAUCUAAAUAUAAUAUAAGAAUAUAGUGGAUUAUAAAUUUGAUGUUGUGUCACAAGA